AUGGAAAACGUCAAAACAAAUGAUCAAUAUGCUAGUUGGGACCUUAGUAAAAAGUUAGAUUUACUUGGAAGGUGUAAAGAAUGUCGAAAAAUAAACAAUGGCAUCUUAUGGUGUCAAGCAUGUAAUAGUAAACAUUUUAACGAAGAAGCCAAGCGAUGGAAAAGUGGCAAUAAAAGAUUGGAUCAGUUAAUUUUGAGAAGACAAGUUGAUAGUGCCAGAGAUCGAUCAGAAAUUAUUGAAUGGAUUCCAUUUGAAAGCUUUGUUAAUGUGAAAAUUCAAGCACGUGGAUACUACUCAACUGUUUAUACAGCACAGUGGAAACCCAUACUGAAAAGAGAUGUAGCAAAUGAUGGAUGGAAAAGAUAUGAUAAUUUAAGUAUAACUGUUUCAUUAAAGGAAUUACAUGCCACUAGGUUAAGUGAUGAUUUUUUGGAGGAGAUUGAGAAAGCAGAAUCGAUUUUGCAAAAAAUUGAAGAAGUUCAGAAUGUAAACUAUAUAUGUGGAUUCAGCAAGAAUCCCGUAACAAAAAACUAUGUCAUAGUAUAUAAUGAACAUGAAUAUAUUGAAAAUACAUUAAAUGUCUGGUAUUGUGAUAAGGUGAUAUCACCAAUCACUAAACUAAGACAAUUGUACCAAAUCACAAGAACAUUAAAAUCCCUCCACAGUAAUGACUUAGUAUAUAAGAAUUUACAUGCAGGCAAUAUUUUAUUAGAUGUGUUUCACAACAUUUACUUUACUGAUUUUGGAAUAACGCACCCGUUCUAUAGAGACUCGUCAAUAACAACAACUGCAUCAUCAUCCACAACUGUAUCACCCACGCACGUCUAUGGAGUGUUGCCCUAUUUAGCGCCAGAAAUUUUACAUGGUGAACCAUUCACAUUCGAAUCUGAUGUUUAUGCAUUUGGCAUAAUUAUGUGGCAGAUCCUACAUCAAGAGAAGCCUUUAAGAUAUCGUGCGCACGAUCAAAAUUUAGCAAAGGAUAUUUGUCUUGGAUUACGACCGAAAAUUAUUUCAAGUUUGCCUAGAACAUUGAUAAAUUUGAUUAUAAGGUGCUGGGAUGCUGAUCCUAAGAAAAGACCCACUUCUACGGAAUUGUUCGACGAUCAUUUUGAAGUAAUAUUUAAGAAUUAUGUUAAAUUAGAUAACGAUCUGUGCAAUUAUUUACUCGAUCACGAGGAGCUUGAUGAUGGAUUAGAAAUGUUCAAUAAGCAUCUAUAUAAAAGAUUACCUUAUCUUCUACAACUUAAAGCAGAUCCUAAAGCAUGCUAUACUUGUAAAAUGUACAGCUUUGAUGAUUUACCGGAUCCUGUGAAUUCUUCUAAAACAGAACAUUUAUUUAACGAAGAAGAAGAAAUAUCAAAUAGAGAAGGGGACCCUUAUUUGCGUCAGAUACCACCAACAUAUUAUUGCAGAAUAAAUAAAGAUUAUCCGUUUUUGCUUGGGGAAGAGUCAAUUGAACCUAUAACUGAUUUGAUUGAAGAGGAGAGACUUAUAUUUAGAUCCGAUAGACAAAAAAAAACUGGUAUUUUAGAUGAGAUAAGAAAACGAAAGUUCAAAGUGGAUCAAAAAUAUUAUCAUCCAUAUGGACAUAAGUAUCGAUCAGACCUGUCUUCUACUGAUAUCGAAUUUCUUGAUAUGAGUGAAGAAGGGAGUACGGAUGAAGAUGAAGCAGAUUAUUUAAAGCGAAUAAAAGAGAAAAAGAAGUUGUUGGAGAAUCAGAUCUUACAAAACUUAAAAGAUAUAGAAACUGAUGAAGAAGAGCCAGAUGAUAUUGGAUCGGAUGAUUUUCUUGAAGAGACGUUUGUGGUAGACGAUGAUAACGAUUUUUUUGUUGAUGAAGAUGAUGAUUUUGUUGUUAGGGAUCAGCCACGCAAAAAAGCACCAACAAGAAGAGUUAAAAGGAAAAUCAGCAUUGACAAUGAAUAUAAUGACAGUGAUUAUUCAGAUGAAUAUGAUGACGAUGAAUUUGUUAUCAAGGAAACACCAAAUCAUCCAUCAGUCAAAACACACACUUGUAUAGUUGAUAUCCAAAACAAAGAUGAAAUAGAUGAAAAGAUAGCAAAUCUUCCUGAAGAAUUUAAAGAUAUUGAUAUUUUAGUCAAUAAUGCCGGUUUAGCAAUUGGAUUUGAUCCAAUAGAAAAAAAUUCUCAAAAAGAUAUAGAAACGGUUAUUGAUACAAAUAUCAAUGGACUUCUUUACAUGACUCAAGCUGUACUUCCAAUAAUGAAAAGGCGCAAUUCCGGUGAUAUCAUCAAUAUUGGAAGUAUCUCUGGAACAAAUAGUCAUGGAUAUGGUAAUACCGUAUAUGCAGCUACAAAAUAUGCAACAGAAGGAAUCACAGAGUAA